AUGCUUGCUAUUGGUCUUUAUCUCCGUGGUAAAGCUAACCUACAGAUGAUGGAACAAUAUAAAUUACGGUGCCUACAACUGCUACUUAAGCAAAAAAAUGAGUUGAGUGUGGAUAGAUACGUCAAUGCUAUGCACCCUUUGAAAGAAAAAGCACAGAAAUGUUAUGCAAAAUCCAUUGAACUUGAAAAGGAUGAGUUUGUGCGAAUGAUGCUUCUUGAUGGGUGUUUUAUGAUAGAGGUAUUUCGCAAGCUUGUCGAGGAAGACAAUAGGGAUGAUCCUAUUUUGAAAUCUGUAAGGAAGUUUUUAAAUUGCCUCGUCAACUCUCCCAAGGAUGCCGAAAUGCUAAGUCACUGUGGAAUCAUUGACAAUUGGCUAGGUGAUGAUAAAGCCGUUUCAUCCCUGUUGAACAAAUUGGGCAAUAAUGUCAUCCUAGAUUCUGCAUCUUUUUGUUACUCCCAAACUUUCAACAAAGUUAACAAACGGAAGGAGGUGUUGAGAAUAUAUGAAGCAACUUCAGGCCAGCAGAUUAAUCUGGAGAAGUCUGCAAUGGUAUGUAGUAGGAAUGUUACAGAAGAGGUUGCUGAGGAGGUGAGAGCAGCAUUAGGGGUUGUGCAGCGUCUUGAUUUCUCACAGAUUUUAGUUGUUCACGUGUCUUAUAGUGGAGGGCAUAUUCGUCUAGGAAGUCCAAAUGUCCAGUCAAAUGGCACACUCAAGUGA